AUGUCUUCCAGUCGCUAUCAGGGGAAGCAGGUGCGGCUUAUAGGACGCCAGAAGCUUGAAUUUUACUGUCAGCUAUGUUCCAAACAGUGUCGAGAUGCCAAUGGCUUCAAAAACCAUGUGGCGCUGCCGUCUCAUCAGGCGAAGAUCGCGGCACUUGGUGCUGAUGCUGGAGCCACUGUGGCCCGGUUUUCCAGGGAAUUUGAACAAGAGUUUCUCCUGUUACUCAAACGAAGCCAUGGUACCAAACUGGUAGAGGCCAACAACUUCUACCAAGAGUAUAUUGGUGCUCGAGACCACAUCCACAUGAACGCGACCCGAUGGCGCCUGCUUACCGAGUUUGUCCGUCAUUUACACCAUACCAAUAAAGUGGAGUUGGAAACACAAGGGGAAAGGAUGACGAUCAGCUUAGUUGACGCUGAUGACGCCGAACGGCGGCGCCGAGCGGAGGCUUUGGCUGCUAAACAAGCUGAAGACGAUUCGCUUCAGCAGCGGCUUGCCGACCAGAGAGUGGAACAAGCCAGGCUUAACCAAAUCAAUCAGGAGAAGGAUAAGCCGGUGGAGGUGGUGACAUCUCAGCAACCCGUCAAGCUUAGCUUGAAGAAGAAAGCCGCUACCAAAAGGAAAGCCAUAUUUGAUGACUGA